AUGCAAACCCGUGCUAAGGAUGGCAUUUUUAAGCUCAAUCCAAAAUAUGCAGGCUGUGCACUCACCACCACAUCUCAAACCCAAAUAUCUCCUUUAUCUCGUUCUCACCUUACUGCUAUGAAUGAUCCUAACUGGUAUGCUGCUAUGUGUGAUGAAUCUAUUUAUGGUCUAAAGCAAGCACCUAAGGCUUGGUAUCAGCGGUUUGCCACUCACAUUUUGUCACUUGGUUUCGUGAAUAGUAAAAGUGACAUUUUUCUUUUUAUUUUCCGCCGCGGUAUGGAAACUGCCUAUCUAUUAUUGUAUGUUGAUGACAUUAUUUUGGCAUGCUCCUCCGACCAUUUGCGAAAGAGAGUCAUUUCUCUCUUGAGUGCUGAGUUUGCCAUGAAGGAUCUCAGUCCUUUAUCUUCAUUUUUUGAUAUCUCUGUUACUCGUACUCCUGAGCACAUGUUCCUCUAUCAACGGUCCUAUGCUCAAGAAAUUCUUGCUCGUGUUGAUAUGUCUAGUUGUAAGUCUGCAUCAACACCCGUUGAUACUAAGUCUAAGCUAAGUGCUACCAGUGGCAAACAGCUUGACAAUCCCACUCUCUACCGUCAGUUAGCAGCUUGA